AUGUCGGAUCCAAGUGCAACCUUACCUCCCUCGAAUUACCAAUCAAUUUUCUAUCAUGAGGCACAGACUGCCUUGCAGCAAGAAAGCCAAUUGCAAACACCCCAAGCCCCGUCCCUUCGAGAGCUGCAGGCAACCGUACUGCUCGGUCUGUAUGAGCUGCACUGUGCUGACUUUGGUCGCGCGUGGGCCACAGCAAGCCGGGCAGUUUGGUUCACCCACGCACUUCAGCUGCAUAUUCUAGACUCGGGCCACGGAAGCUCCUCAGUCGACGCUGCAGAUACAGAAGAUGCCCGCAUGGCCUUGUGGGCCGCCAUGGGCCUCACUGGCUUUAUCUCGCUCGGAGGUCGUGCGAUAGACUCCAUUAGUGUUGCGGAGAUCAGUACCUGGCUGCCACGGCCGCCUGUCGAUCCCUUUGUGCCCACUGCCGGUGUGACGGUUUUUGGAGUAUUCCAGAAAGCAGUCUCACGAGCCUUGGCGGUAGAGGAAGGCAUAUGUGCUGCCAAAAUACUAUUUCCUCGAAUCGUCUCCCACGUGAAGACUGUUAGUCAGGAGGAAGACGCCGGCUGUCAGCCGUACAGCUUCUGGACAAACCAUCACAAGCUGCACCACAUCGUAAGCCAUAUAUUUAAUGGCACAGAGGCUGAGAAUAAAGCCAAACCGGUUUUAGAUAUUGUGUUGAACGCCAUGUUGGUUGUUCUCCAUGAAGCGCUGAUCAGAAAGACGUUCACUUCGACAAAAUUACGGUCAGACAAAAUGAGAGACGCAGAGGAAGCGGCGCUCCAGCACUCGCUCCAAAUUGCGAAGAUAGUGGAGACCGAUGUUCUUUGUCAAGACUCAUGGGCUCGAGUCGCCGUCCCAUGGGCGGCUUACGUCGCUCUCCAGUCUCUUCAACAGCGUCAAAAGAGGAGCUUUUUGCACUACGAGGUGCAACAGAUAGAUAUUCAGCUCCUCGGCGUCCUUGAGGGCUCAGGAGAUAACCUCAUCUCACCAGUUACAAACGCGUUUCUACCGCCGGAUGCCGCAUUGCUAGUGGAUGCUUUGGUGCUGGACUCAGUGAAUGCGCUUCGGUCGACAUUGUUGGACUGGAGUAAUGACAUACCCCUUGCAACGUUUCUUUCCACACAGGUUAACGCAGGGACUGAAGGCCUUGACUAUGCCCCUGGAGAGUGCGUCGUGGGGCUGAUUGACUUUACUGCCUCAUUAGCAGUUGCAUAA